ACUUUGAUAGUGUUAGUUUUCGAACCGACAUGGCCAUAUAGUUACAGUGACAGACUGGCAAACACAAGUUCUGAUGUUCGAAUUUCGAUAUUUUCAAGUAAGGAAAAAAAUUAUAGUGGCGUUAGAUAAUCUAGUACCUAGAUUAGGAGCCACAUAAGCCACGUCGGACCUUGCUAUGACCCAAUCCCAGAUUUUUGACUUUUAUAGUGAAUGGGCAAGUGAAACCAAUUGCGAUAAUAACGGUAGAUGGGGGUCCUGAUGAAAAUCCAUGCUUUCCGAAAACGUUAUUAUCAUCAAUUGAUAUGUUUAAGAAGCAUAAUCUUGAUGCUUUAUUUAUUCUGACCCACGCACCGGGACAAUCGGCAUAUAAUGCGGUUGAACGAAGAAUGGCACCUCUUAGUCAUGAUCUUGCUGGAUUGAUUUUGCCACAUGAUCAUUUUGGUUCACAUUUGAAUAGCAGUGGGGAAACUAUCGAUCCAGUUCUAGAAAAAAUUAAUUUUCAGAAAGCUGGAGAAGUACUUGCAGAAGUUUGA